UCCGACUAAAACGCAAUGUGGUUUGAGUUUUUUUUUUAAUUCUCCUUCUUCCAAAUAUCUGGCAAAGGUAGUUGGCAAGUAGUCGGCAAAUGCUGAAUUUAACAGUAAAAUAAUGGCGGAUCUCUCGAUGCUGAGAGUUGUUCAAAACCCAAUUGUUUUUUGAUUUCUUUCUUUCUUUAUAAGAACAUGGAACCAACUCAACCGAACAAAUCUCUCCCUUUUAGCAACAAGAAAGCUUCAUCUCCAAAGUUCUAAUCUUCCCAAAAGGUACUUUUUAUUUAUCUUCAAAUUUCAAGCAUGGAAGUCUCACUUGCUCGUUACCAAUCCAUUUCAUUCGAUCAAAUACGGAAUAAUUGUCGUUUUCCUUCAUCAGUCCACAAUGUAUUCACAACAAAACCUUUCUUUUCCGGCUAUUGUUUUCGAUUCAGUAGGAGAAAAUGGGGCAGCUCAUUUGAUACAAUUAAGUGUUUUUCUCUCGAGCAAGGGCUGCAGCCGCGGCGGCCCAAGCCAAAACCUCCUAGGAAUACUAACCCUGAGUUGAAAGAAACGGAGGAGACUCAGAUUAAAAGACCCAGUGUUGGGCUUUGUAGUCAGAUAGAGAAGUUGGCUUUGUGUAAUAGGUAUAGGGAAGCACUUGAAUUGUUUGAGAUUUUGGAACUUGAAGGUGGUUUUGAUGUUGGUUCAAGCACAUAUGAUGCAUUAGUGAGUGCUUGUAUUGGGUUGGGAUCCGUUCGAGCAGUAAAGAGGGUCUUUAAUUACAUGGUGAGUAAUGGGUUUGAGCCAGACCAGUAUAUGAGCAACAGGAUGUUGCAUGUGCAUGUGAAAUGCGGGAUGAUGAUCGACGCACGUAAUAUGUUCGAUGAAAUGCCGGAGAAGAAUUUGGUUUCGUGGAAUACCAUCAUUGCUGGGCUGUUCGAUAGUGGGGAUUACUUGGAGUCAUUUAGAUUGUUUCUACUUAUGUGGGAGGAGUUCUCUGAUUGUGGAUCUCGAACUUUCGCAACGAUGAUCCGGGCAUCCGCAGGGUUGGAACUCAUUUCGGUAGGAAAGCAGUUACAUUCGUGUGCGGUCAAGAUUGGUGUAGGUGAAGAUAUCUUUGUGUCUUGUGCCCUGAUUGACAUGUAUAGUAAUUGUGGCAGCAUUGAAGACGCUCAAUGGGUUUUCGAUGACAUGCCGGAGAAGACUACCGUGGGAUGGAAUUCAAUUAUAGCAGGUUAUGCUCUUCAUGGUUAUAGUGAGGAAGCGCUGAGUAUGUUUUAUGAGAUGCAAGAUUCUGGUGUUAAAAUGGACCAUUUCACGUUUUCGAUGAUUAUCAGAAUUUGUUCGAGGUUAGCUUCAGUUGAAUAUGCUAAGCAAGCUCAUGCAGGUCUGAUUCGUUACGGUUUCGGGUCAGAAAUAGUGGCCAGCACUGCUCUUGUGGACUUUUAUAGCAAAUGGGGGAGAAUAGAAGAUGCUAAACACGUUUUCGACAGGAUGCCUCGCAAGAAUACAAUAUCUUGGAAUGCUGUCAUUGCUGGAUAUGGUAAUCAUGGUCGUGGAGCUGAGGCUGUGGAAUUGUUUGAGCAAAUGCUUCGAGAAAAAAUGAGACCUAACCAUGUUACUUUUCUUGCUGUGUUAUCUGCUUGUAGCUACUCGAGAUUAUCUGAACGCGGUUGGGAAAUUUUUCAGUCCAUGGGCAGAGAUCACAAGAUCAAGCCCCGUGCAAUGCAUUAUGCAUGCAUGAUCGAGUUAUUAGGUCAAGAGGGACUUUUAGAUGAGGCCUUUGCAUUGAUAAGAGCUGUUCCCUUCCAGCCUACGGCAAAUAUGUGGGCUGCACUGUUAACUGCUAGUCGUGUCAAUGGGAAUUUGGAGCUAGGGAAAUUCGCAGCCGAGAACUUGUAUGGAAUGGAACCUGAAAAGCUUAGUAAUUAUGUUGUUCUUAUGAAUAUCUACAACCGAUCGGGCAGGUUAAAGGAAUCAGCCGCUGUGUUGCAGACAUUGAGAAGAAAGGGCUUACGGAUGCUUCCCGUCUGCAGUUGGAUUGAAGUUAAUAAACGAUCGCAUGUUUUCCUCUCCGGAGACAAAUCCCAUGUCCACACAGAUGAGAUUUACCGGAAGGUUGAUAGCUUGAUUCACCAAAUUUCAAAGUGUGGUUAUGUUCCGGAGGAAAAAACUUUGCUUCCGGAUGUCGAUGAACAGGAACAGCGUGAAUUGUUGUACCACAGUGAGAAAUUAGCAGUAGCUUUUGGUCUGUUAAAUACCAUGAAUAGAUCAUCACCUCUGCAAAUCGUGCAGAGCCAUCGAAUAUGCAACGACUGCCACAAUGCUAUUAAGUUGAUAGCUCUGGUUACUCGACGGGAAAUCAUUGUGAGGGAUGCUAGUAGAUUUCACUACUUCAGACAUGGGAGCUGUUCGUGUGGUGAUUAUUGGUGAUGCUAAAACUUAUCAUCCAAGGCUCUAGAAUUUUUGUCACUUUGAUAUUUUGUGUUGUAUGGUAGUUAGUUUAUUAUUUCCCCGUCACCCAUUUUCCCUCUUUUAUUACAGAUACUGUAAUUCCACAUGCAAGAGAUGUAAUUUUCAAGUUCAUUAAUUGAAAAUCAAU